GAAGCGAUUGGGCGGGCACCAUGCCAGCAGACAUGCACUUCCGAGACUCCCACAAUGCACUUCCUCUUCCGGGAGCGGGGCCCGUCCAGUAGAGGCAAUCAAACAUGUUCGUUCGUGUCCCACCUUACUGUGGCCGGAUGGGGAGCGGCACGCGCCAGAAAAGGAGCGAAUAGGAUGGUGCCUCUCAGGCCACGUGAAACAAACUGGGCAUAGGAUUGGGUCUCUAGUGCUCUGGUUUCUGGAUGGACGGAAAGGGCGCGAAAUGUGAUACGGUAGAGGCGAGCGGGGUGCGUUGUACCUGCGUGGCGACCUCUUCUCUCCCGGGUAGUGUUGACGGCGCCCAGAGUUCCUCAGAGAGUUUUGGGGUGUGAAGGAUGGACUUGUCAGUGAUUGCCAUUGGAGAUGUGCAAAAUGUGCUUUCGGCCAUGCAGAAGAACUUGGAGUGUCCAAUCUGUUUGGAUGUGAUAAAAGAGCCAGUUUCAACAAAAUGUGAUCACAUAUUCUGCAGGUUCUGUAUGUUUAAGCUCCUCAGCAAAAAGAAAAAAGGUGUGAUACAGUGUCCUCUGUGUAAGACUGAAGUUACCAAGAGAAGUCUCAAAGAAAAUUCCAGAUUUAAGCAGCUAGUUGAAGGAUUGUUGGAAGCUAUCAGUGCAUUUGAGCUUGACACUGGAAUAAAAUUUUUAAGCAAUCAUCGUUUUCUUAAAACAUCCACGGAAGCUGCUACUGCUGAGCUCCUGUGUAAUAACAGUUCUGUCAUCCAGAGUAAGGGUUUCAGAAACAGGAAGAGAAGUGCUAAAGAAAAUGGACAAGACAACUAUACCUUGCAGGAAGCUAAUGUGGAUCCACAGCUUAUAGAUAACAGGGUCAAAGGGUGUUCCCUAAGAAGCAAAAAACAGAAAUGUGGCAUUGAAAAAGGUGUACUUAUAGAUCUUGGCACUGAUUCAUCUGAAGAGCUUUUUAUACUGGCAAGCAAUACUGGACUAUUUUUUUCCUUCAUAAACCUUCCCAACAGGCUAGAAGACAAAGAAGAGCUAGAAGAACCAAAGAGUGCUGAGAAGAAUGAAAAUUGUUGCAAUACCCAGCCCCUCAAGCUGGGUGCUAAAGAAAUAAUUCUACCAAAUAUCGUAGGUGAAACUGAUUUCUUGAAGGAGGCUUUGAGCAAGAAAAGCAUGCUGAACAUCACUGAACAUGUCAAAUCUAACCGAGUAAAUACAAUUGAGGGGCAGAGUUCUCCUUUAAAUAUUUUUGAUGCAGACCUACUUACAGGGCAGUGUGAUGGGAUAGGUAAUGCCAGUCCCUUAAAGAAUGAUGACACAUCUUUCUCCAAGAAUGCAGAAGAAAUAGAUGCAGAGGAAACUCAGUGCACUAAUAAAAACCAACAGCUUGACUUAAAAGAUAACUCAGAAAGUAGACUGGAUAAAACUGAAGAGAAGGCUAUUUGUGUGCCGAGUGUGGAAGAUGUAGAAAUAUACGAACGCGUGAAUGAUCCUUUGCCUGAAAAAGAACCUCCUCUGGAGAAACUACUUCAGCCUAAGGUACCUCACUGUCCUACUGUGCAUGAGGUCUCUAGGAAGAGACUGAAGGAAAGCAUUCAGAAAGUCAAUGAAUGGUUUUCAAAAAGCAAUGAGAUUCUGUCUUCCAGUUCAUCCCAGAAUGAUUCUGCUGAAACAACUGAUGCUUCAGGUGAAGGAGAAAUUUCUUUAUCAGAUAAAGAUUCAUUUGUUUCAGAGAAGACCAACUCUAUAGUAGAUUCUGUGGAAGUUACAGUGGUUGAAGGAAACAAGAGAUGGCCAAAGCAAACAACAUAUAGCAUCAAAGACAAAAUAUUUGGGAAAACAUACGAGAGAGAGAGGAAGUCAAAUCCCUCUGCUAUCUUGAGAAAGAUUUUGCCUGCUACAAAAAAGGAAGAUGUGGCUGCUGAAGAGGACUGCUUGAAUAAUUCUGGAAAAGACAGACUAAAACGAAAAAGGAAGCCUGCCCGUGUCCUUCAGCCUGAAGACUUCAUCAAGAAGAAAGGUCUAGAAGAGGCAGAUAGAUGCCCUCAGGGUAUUAACUCCAGCCGCGGAGAUGGUGAGAAGAAAAAAUGUGACGGAAAUUCUGCUGUUAAGGGGAAUCCCCUCCUUGAAGACAGAAAGGGUAGUAUGCUAGCAGAAUUCAAGGAAGGAGGAUUACAGUGGAAAAAUGGAAGUGAAAAGGUGGCAGGCAAGCACUCUGAUGGACAACUGGAACUAAAUAACUCUGAUCAGAAGAGCACUAAGAAUACAAGUUCUGCAGCAAAAGGAUGCAGGCGUUCAACUAGAAGCAGAAGUUCUAUAAACUUAGUAGUUGAUAGAAACCCGUGUUCCUUUGAUCCAGCUGAGCCACUGAUCAGUAGCUAUCCAAGCAGUGAAGAACCAAGCCAAGUUGAUUGUGAGCAAAGACAAGUCAGACGCAGCAGGAGGCUUCAGCUACUUUCUGAAGAAAUUACAAAAGAAACAGGAAAAAUGAGAGUAAUUAAGGAAGCAAGAAAUUCUGACAGUGGCCCAGAAGGGUCUGUCCUUGGAGUUGAAAGGAACAUGUUAUUUCCCAGUUCCCAGUGCAAAGACCUGAGGAAGCAGCGGAAUGUAUUGAGUUACGUAUCACUCGGUGAUCUGAAUGGUGCUGAUCUGGAAGCAAAUGAAAUAGGGAUUAGUCCAAAGAAUUCAUCUGAUAGUGCAAAAAAAAGAAGUCUCUUCAAUCCCUUAUCUUCUUGUCAGCAUUCAAAUUUUAAUUCCCCUUCACCCAAAGCAGGUUCUCAAGAAGGUAAAAUGCUAGGUAGCCUUUUCGUCCUACAGUCUCCUUCUAAGACUGUUGUGCACUCUGCUUCCAACCUGACUGAAGAGAAGGGGACUGGAUCAUGUGCUACUUUUCCCCAGGACAAAGAAUACUGUUCACAGAAUGUUCCAGAGGACUUCAGAACUGAAAAGUCCCCAAUGGCUAAAAACGUUUCAGAAUUGACCGUGGAAGCUGAAGACAGUGAGUUAGACAUGCAGUAUCUGCGAAAUAUAUUUCGGAAUUCAAAGCGGCAGUCAUUUAGCCUUUAUCCUGCUCCCAUGAAGGCAUGUACCACAGAUGAUACUGCAUCUGAAAAAUUAAAUACUUCACCUCCUGAUCGGGUAGAAAAAAGGCAGACUACAUAUUUACGGACAGAAAACUUACAAGACGGGAAAACAACUACUGAAUAUUUGAGUAGUGCUUGUGAGAAGUUUAAGACCUGUGAAUCUGCUUGUGUUAGUCCUGUGUCGUGCUUUGUCAGCAAUGUUGAAUGUUUGCACACUGUGGAGCAUCAAGAAGAUGUUUCAGAGGCUGCAAAUCAUGGGAAUCUGAUGACGCCGGUAAGAAUGUGCGCUGAUAGGAAUGAAGGCAGAAACAGACCACCAAAGGGAGGGAAGGGAUGUGAAAAGACAUUGUCAUCUGACAUAGGGGUAGAAAGCAAACUGAGACAGAAUCCAGUCAGAAGCACUAGAAGUCAAAGUGAUCAGAGCAACACAGAAGAGCGUGCUUUCCAAGGAACAGAUCUGAACAUAGUCAAUGAAACGUACUUCAGUUCAGAAAGCAAUCAAGUGGAAAAGGCUGAAGUUGUUGGUGGCAAAGGACCAAUGCAACACUUCAAGUCUAGUCCAAUGGUUUGUCCUACAGCUUGUCAACAAAAUCCAGCUGAAUUCAACUGCAAAGUCACUGAAAAGAAAAGUAGCAAAAGAGAGAGAAGACUGGUAAAGGGCAACGAAGAGCGAGUAAUCCAAACUGUCAGCACAGGGUUGUCUGAGCGUUUAGUUGGAGAGGCACUAGAAGAAUCUCUUAAAGGCCACAGCAAUUCUACAGAUCUGUCUGAAACCCCUGAUGGCUUACUGUGCUCUGACAACGAUACUGAAGGGAGUGCCAGCUGUUGCCUAACUAAUAGCAAAGACACAUCUGCUGUAUUUGUAAAAAGAAGUGGUGCUGCCCUUGUGAAAGAAGUAAAUGAUACAAUUGUUAGCUGUAAGCCAAGAUCUGAAGGUAUUCAAAGGUCUCGGAGAAGAGCCCAGAAACUGCAAUCUUCAGACGAAGAAUCUAGCGAGGAUGAAGAUUUACCAUGUUUUCAGGAAUUAGUGUUUGGCAAAUCAGUAGGCACACCUUUGCAGAUCAAAAAGCAGGUGGUACCUGUGGUACGGUCUUCAGCAAAUCCCAGCGUGUUGCCUCACAGUGAAUGUCUUAAUGAAAAUAACAAGCAGGAAACACUUGAAGCUGCCCUAAGCAAUGAGUGUGUUUCACCGAGCCAGGAGUCAGAAUGCUCUGUGAACUUAUUUUCUUCCCAGUCCAACAUGUCUGAAGAAUCAGUUGACGGAGCACAGGAGCCGAAGAAGACUUUAACACAAGUGAGCAAUGUAAAUAAGAGUAACGAAGCUCUUCAGAGUUGCAGUGGAGGGCUGAAGAGAAGAAAAAAUAACCCCAAAGAUGAGUACCAAGAAGAUCCAAACAUGGGGGCAAACCUAGGUGAAGCAUCUGGAUACGACAGUGAAACAAGUCAUGUAGAGGAGUCACGUGAGCCAUCUUCUCAGGGUGAAAUUCUUUCUACACAGCAGAAGAAUGCUAUGCAGAAUAACCUAAAAAAGUUGCAACAAGAAAUGGCUGUACUUGAAGCAGUGCUAAAGCAGCAUGGAAGUCAGGGCGCUGAGGUAUUGCCUGUGUGUAAGGAACUGCCAUAUUCCAGUUGUGGAAUGGAGCUUGGAAUGGAGCAGAUGAGACAACAAACGGAAGAUAUGUCUGAGCAUGACUCUGGGACCAAGCUAAGUAAGGCAUCUGUUUUACCAGCUCUCUGUGGAAAUGUGACCAGGAGUCCAAAUAGCUCUUCCUCCCCUGUAAAGCAUCCUUGCCUUCAAACUGCAGAAGGAACAAGUAGUUCCGCUGUAGCUCAGAGUGAUAACAAAAGCAACGUUCAAGUAUGUAAAUCAAAGAGAAGUGUAUUUUUUCCUACAUCUGUACUGCAUGGUGCAGCUGGGAAAGAAAAUGCUGCAAGUUCAGGUACGACUUACAGGACAGAAAUGUCAAUUGUGGCGUCUGGUCUGAAUCAAAGUGAACAUUUGAUGGUCCAGAAGUUUGCCAGAAAAACUCAGAGCGCUUUCUCUAAUCACGUUACUGAUGGAACAACCCAUGUCAUAAUGAAAACAGAUAAGGAGCUGGUAUGUGAACGGACAUUGAAGUACUUUCUGGGUAUUGCAGGAAGAAAAUGGGUAGUUAGUUAUCAGUGGGUAAUUCAGUCUUUUAAAGAAGGCAGGAUACUGGAUGAGGAGAACUUUGAAGUUAAAGGAGAUGUAAUCAAUGGCAGAAACCACCAGGGUCCUAAGAGGGCUAGGCAAUCUCUGAGUGAAAAGAUCUUUAAAGACUUUGAGAUCUGCUGCUAUGGACCUUUCACUGAUAUGACUACAGGACAUUUAGAAUGGAUAGUGGAGCUUUGUGGUGCCUCUGUAGUGAAACAACUUCAUCUGUUCACCCACAAAGUAAAUUCCACUGCUGUUGUUGUUGUGCAGCCAGAUGCUUGGAUGGAAGGCACAAGUUAUGAAGGUAAAACUACUUAUUGUCAUGAAUUGUUUCAUGCAAUCCAGCGAAAGAACAAUGUUGCCGUGGUGACUCGAGAGUGGGUGUUAGACAGUGUUGCUUGCUUUGAGUGUCAGGAGUUGGAUGCUUAUCUUGUGUCCUAAGACUGAUCUGCAGAUCUUUUUCUGUUGCACGGGAGUUCUCAUCAGUACUGAUACUUCAGUAAUUGUUUUAGGAACUAUGGAUUUCUAAGUAAUGUGUAGAGAUUGUGCUUGUAGUAUUCUUUUUCAGAGCCAAUAAAUACAUUUUUAUUAAUAGUAAAAAUACUUAAGUAAAUUACUAUAUAAAGAUGGAGUUAACACCUUGUUGCCAUCUUGUUCUUUAAAGAAUAACAUUUCUAAUCUCAAAAUAGUCCUUUAAAACUCCUGUGGAAUAAAUCAAAGAAGUUAGAACCUAACUGGGGAAAAAAAAAAAACUGGAGCAUGGCUUCCUCAGAGAAGCAGUGACUGCAUUAUUUACCAUCCCAACCAGAUCCUGCCUAUAUAUUUAAGGACAUCCUGGAGGAAUGCUUAUUUACGAGAGUAAUAUUGGGCUCAGGUUGAAUUAAAAUGUACUUGCAUUCCUGAAUAAUCUCUGUAUUUUCAUUUUGCCUAAAUACAUAUGCUGAAUAAGGAUAUGUGUAUAUCAAUAUGAAGAAACACUACUGUGUGAUUACCGAUGCAUGGGUAAUCUUAGGCCAUGGUCUACAGCUAUUCUGAAAACUACAAACAGCGCUUCUGUUGUUAGGACACUUUUAUAUCAGUUUAAACUAUGUUACCACACGCAAGUGACCUGUACAACUUGUACUUGAUUCCUAAGACAAACCAAUUCUUAAAACAACAAGCCUACACCAGUGUCUUGUUGGUCUUCUUUCUGAGAAGUGUACAUGGCAACUAUGAAGAGAUAAUAAAUAAAUGCACUUUAGUAUCCUAGUGACUUACAAUAAACUCUGUAAGAAUCUGUUUCUAAUAGUCCCUGUCUGCAGAAUGAGACUGCAAAGAAAAUAUAUUGCUUUUUAUGGAAGAAAAUAUAUUGCUUCUUUAUUUUCAAGCAGUUCAACUUCAAACAUAGUUCUGUACCUUCAGAACCUGUUUUCAUAAAGUUGUUGUUUAAAAAAAAAAAUAAAAGUAAAAACUUAUAGCUAAGCUCA